AUGUUUGUUGCAAGCGGCCAAGGCCAAGGAAGGCGCGCGGAGUAUUCCGUGGACGAGGUCUCAGCAGGACUGGAUGUCCUUGAAGAUUUCGGUAUUAAUUGUGAAAGGUAUGAAGAAAUUAGCGGCACGUCGCAGAACCAGUUUACACUUAAAAAGGGAACGGGAGAGGUAAUGGAGGAAACGGGAAACUGGUUCGGUGGCCUGGCAUUGGAUUCGCGAGUCUUUGGCGUCUGGCAGAAGGACCUGGCACGGAGCGACUCGAUGGACGCAGCAUCCGACCUCAUAGGCCUAUCCGGCUUCGCUAGGGAGGGAAUUAAGCUUCUUCGAGGGUGUGAACUGUCCAUCGUCAACAGCGCUUCCUUCCGAAUGGCUGUUGUUUCUGUUGUUCCCGGCGUCAAGGACUUAAACAUCGGUACAGGGUCCGAAGGCGGUCGGGUCGGGGCAGAGGAUCCCUACCCAAUCAACGAGACAUACCCUUUGGACGGCUCCGAAGCUUCUAAUAUGCGUCGUGACCUCCGAUUCGGCAAGGCGCGCGGUGCAUUAGAGCUGACGGAGGAGGGGCUGCCGCGGCUUCGACUUCGUUGGGAGAAUCCCUUCGCCGGCGAGGGCCUCGACGAGUUCCAACUUGUAGGGCAAGAUGAACUGCACGUGAUAAGUACGAUAACGGUCAAUGGUCGUACUGUGUCGUACACAAGCGUGCACACACGGAAGGCCUGAAGGGCGGAAUUUGCAUCGCGGGCGGGGCUGCACGAAGAGCCAGAGAGGCCCUCCCUUCGCUUAUAGUCGAUUUUUCUGUUUUCUAAUAAAAAAUUUAGCGUGCGUCCAAUUCGAAUUAUGUGAACUGAAAAGUUACGCCGGAAUAGGAUUUGUGCGCUUCUACCGUGGUUUUCGUAGCGGCCGUGUCAAGUACAGCAUGCACAGCAAUGUACAAUUCUUGCUGCACAAGUGUACAUCUGCGAUAUGGCAGUGCCUGCCCAGCUUGCAGCCCGGUGCUGAUCUACGACUACUUGAUUAAUUUGAAGUCAUUGUGUAAUUUGAGCUGGAGAUGAGAUAAAGUUGAAAUGUAAUUUAAAUGACAGU